CUACCAGGCCCCACCAAUGCUUGAAGAAGGCUGCCGCGUUAACGCUGUCGAUGGUACUCAGUACAGUUAGCGUCGCUCCAUACUGCGAACGUGUUUCUUCAAUCACAGCGUGGAUUCUCUCGUGAAUGUAUAUACUGUUCUGACGGUCUGAAGAAGGCGAGUGUUGUGUUAACUGGUACAUCAGGUUUUACCUGCACCGCAACAGGUGUUGACUACCUCGAGAAGAGCUAAUCCCCUCCAAUUUCUUAUGAGAUUCCAAUUUAAAAUUAUCUGUUCAAUUGACAGAAUGAAAAAAUUUACAACUGGAAUUUUUAUGGUGAAUCAUCAUUAUUAAUAUUGAUGGGAAUCAAGUGUAAAUGUAAUUAGUGAACUUGAUAAUAAAAUAAUUACUAUAACAGCAGUGUGAACUUGUUUAGUUAACGUGGCUGACGUGUAUUGAAAGAUUUAUUUCAAUUCGAAAACAAUCACCUACCUCCUUAAUAAUUCAGACAAUUUUCGCAAUUACUCAUACCACAACCUUCGCAGCUGGCUUACGCGCUGCGUUAUUUAAAAUAUUAUACACACUAUCUCUACGCUGUUUCUCAUUUAUUCAGACUCCAGUCGAGCCGGCAAAAGCAUAAUUAGAGGCACGUAUGUAGCAAGUGGAAAUAAAGAAGAAAAUAAGAAAAGGGUAGAGAAGAUCGUUAAUAACUUGGACUCUGUAAAUGAAUAUCCAAUAAUAUUUAACACUUGGAACUUUUACCGACUCAAUUAACAUAUUUGAUCGGAUCUCAGAAUAGAUGUCCUUGAAUAACCAUCCUACCUAUAACGGCUUUUGGGGAAUUUUAUAUUUUAUUCGAAAAAUAAAUUAACGGGUAUUUAACGUUUUGACGUUAAAAACUCUCCAGGAAUGCCAUCAACAAAAUUAUGUAGGCCUGUGGGCAAAGAUAAAUGAAAGACAAAACAAAUAAAUUUAAAACGAAAACACAUGCACAUUUUUUUGCACUAAUAGCUUAAGCAAUUUUCACAAAUUCGAAUGGAUGAAGUAACUACAAUGACAAUUUCAUCAACACUACCAUCAGGCAAAGUCUGUCAUCAAAGCCAAGGUGGUAGACAGACUGUGUCAGGUCUGGCCGUUGCCCCCACUUUCUCGCAACUUCCCUCAGAGGCCGGAGCAACGGUAUACGUAGCAGGCAGCGCUUCGAAAGCAGAUUCUCCAGGCUGGAGUACCAUCUUCCCGAAAGUGCAAUCGGUCAACAACUGCAGUCUCAACCAGAGAACAUCAGAGCAUCAUCAACAGCAGCCAGCACAUGUUGUUAAAAUUAAGAUUAAUCCUGAACUCGAUAAUAGUCGAGUUAUAUCAACUGUUCAUUUGACGCCAGAUGAAACAAACUUACACGAAAACGGGGUCGAGUGUCUUAUCAAACACGACAAUACCACAAAUGUGAAUACGAGGAACGUCAUUAACGGUGGAGCAAGUGUUAUUGAAAGUUGCGUGCGUAUUAGUGUUGUAAAUGAAGCGGAUCAUCAGUUGAGUAAUCAGCAACGUGACGAAAUGGUUCAACGAGGUUCAACUGAAAGUGUUAAUAAUACUAACCGUUCAAAUACAUGCUUCUAUUAUGGACCUUUUCAAAAUUCUUUUUCUACUAUGAUCAUGUCCAGUGGUCAGUGUUCUCCUAGUGAUACUCUGGACAGUGGUACCUGUAGUGAUUUGGAUGGAACUCCACCUCCUUUGCCUAAAAAGAAAAACUCCAGUACCAUAGUCCUCAGCAGUACUCCAGGUCAACAUAAUCGAACAGGAAGCCUUACAAGUAGUGGCGCCGAAGGUGAUAGCGAUGAUAAUGAGAGUAGUAUUAGUUGUGAUUCACUCAACAGUGGUGAACUUGCUGCCAGGGUCAUCGAGUCUACCUUGAAAAAUGAUAAUGAUGUAUCAUGCGACAAGUCACGCGACUUGUCAAGCAAUGACAUUAACGUGCAAGUAAAACAUGAUGAUGUGUGUGAAAAAAGUGAUUUGAAAGCUACCACUGACGAGCUUGAACGUAUCAGGCUGAGUACUAACAACAAUAAUAAAAAUGACGUUAACAAGAAUUACGAGAAGAACGAAAAGAUUCAAGAGAAGUCGUCAAGCACAGUUGACAUGAUUUCAAGCUCUACUAGAGAAUCAUCAAGUACUUUGGUGUCUUCAUCCAACACUUGUUCGUUGUCCAAGUCGACUUCCUCAACACCACCAAUGCCAAGUCCAAACCCGUUGGCUAACGGACGACUUCAACCAUCAUCGCCAGUAGUGAAGGAGUGCACAUAUGAAGAAAGAAAGAAAGAACAAGACCGGCUAGAGCAAGAGACCGCAGCGGCUGAGCGUUAUGCCAAUUACAAUCGUGACAACGGAACAAAAUAUCUCUAUGAGGAUGACAGAUUUUACAAGUUUCAUAUUAACGAACUUCAACCAGAUAAUGAUGAUUCAGAAAACAGGAAAAAGCUUGAGGAUAAUGAGGUGGAAGAAUAUUUCGCCGGAUAUAAGAUUCUUGAUAAAGAAGCCAUAAGAAGUGCCAAGGGAACUGUUCGUGGAGUCAAGAAUAGGGUUCGUGCUGGGAUUGCGACUUUUCUACAAAACCCGUCGUCGAAGAAUUACAGGCAAAAGGAUAGUGGCAAAGUAGUGGUCUAUACAACAUCAAUGGGAGUGGUUCCAAAAACGAGAUUCGCCUGUUUGAAGAUGCGACAUAUUCUAAAUACUCACAUGGUUCAAUAUGAGGAACGAGAUUUGUAUAGAAGUUCUGCUUUACAAACAGAGUUAAAAGAUCGCCUAGCCAGUGAUUGCGUGCAGGUUCCACAGCUUUUCAUUGAUGGUCAACACAUUGGGGAUGCUGAUGCUGUUGAACAACUUAAUGAGUCUGGGGAAUUACGACCUAUGCUCAAACCAUUUAAAUUUCUCGGUGUGCAUAAAAUUUGCUCUGUUUGCGGCGACGCUGGAUUUAUUCCAUGUACCUCUUGUCACGGCAGUAAAAAAUCGUGGCGCUGGCACGGAUUUUUAAAUGAAAUUUGUGCACUUAGAUGUACAAAUUGUGAUGAAAUGGGGCUGAUGCCUUGUCCAACAUGUCUAAGAUAAGAGAAAUUUAUACCGAACAUCAAAAUUUGCUCAACCGCAUGAUUUGCCUUCUUCUACUAUUUUAUAGUUAUAAAUUUUAUUACUCUUUUUCUAUAGAAUAUUAUUAUAAACUCAAUACACAUAUUAACUGAUUAAUUUAAUAUAAAUUAAUAAGCUCCAGUCUAUAAUUAUAUUAUUAAUUGAUGAUUAAUCAUUUAAGAGUGUAAUGUAUAAAAAUGCGUUAACAGUAAAUUAAUCUGAACGUUGACAAUGGUUAAGGUUCAUAGGGACGUAUUUUUUUAGUAUGUUAAAGAAUCAAUUAAACUUACUGUGAUGUAAGUUAUUCGAAACGAUUGUCAUCGGUAGUCAGAGACGCAUAGAAAUGUAAAAUAUGAAUACUAAAUAAAGUCAUUAAAGGUUCUGCAAAUAUA